CACGAAGAAGACGGUAUUCAGACAGUACGCAUGCGCAUUUAUUUUCUCGUUAGAUGGAAAUGAUUUGAAAUGUUGUCUUCAGACUGUGACCUCUGCUUCGGCAAAAAACGAUAAUAAUGGAUGGUAGUAUUGAAGGUGCUGAAGAAGAGCGGAGCGAGACAGGCGCACUGCACAGAGGGGAUCAUUCUCCAGAAAUGGAGCGUAACCCAUCGCCUCCUCCAGAUGCAGCCGGUGGAGAUGAGGCAGAAGAUACGGACGCCAUUGGAGACACAGUUUACAGCAAGCAAUGGCUUUUCAGCAUUCUGACUCGCCUCAUCCAGAUGGUCACAAAGCCUUCAGCGGAGGACUCAGAAGGUCAUAUGCAGCUCACUGAUGAUGAUGAAGAAGAUCUGUGCCGAGUUUGGGAUAUGGCCAUGGAUAGUGAUGUUGCUGGCUUACUAGAGGAGUUUAAAGCUCCUGACAUCCUUCUUCGUGUGAUAGCCAAAUCUGGUAGCCCACGUCUCACAGAAAUUUGCGUUGGAAUACUUGGGAACAUUGCUUGCUUUCCUGACACUUGCCUGACUCUCAGCCAGAAUGAAGACUUGUGCGCUGUGCUGUUGCUUCUGUUCGGAGAUACGGAUCCACCAACCCUCCUGGAGACAAGCAGGUUGAUUCUGACCUGUGUGUCUCAAAAAGAUGUCAGUUCCCUUUGGCUUCAGCGAAUACGACAGCAGACAUCUCUGCGUUCCAAUCUCCUUUUCAUCAUGUGCAGUUCAACCAAUACGGACCUGCUUGAGAAAGUGGGAGAGCUUGUUGACAAGCUGUUUGACCUUGAUGAGGAACUGAUGAAAAGUUGGAUCGCAGCUGAGCCAAGCGAGGAGGGUGAUGAUGGUGACAGCUGUCUGGACUUAGCCUCAUGCCUUUUUGAAGCUGCCAAGCAGCUUAGAUCAGAGAAUCCAAAUGGCUUGGAGGUUUAUCUUCACAUUCUGCACCUCUUAACCACAGUAAAUGAGGGCAUUCAGAUGUUUGCUUCCAGUGAAGGAGCAGGAAAAGCAGUUUGGAGUUUUGUAUUUGAGGUUAUAGUUGAAGACUUGUGUCAGUUCAAUGAUCUUGCAGUUGUUCUGCAUGAAAAGAUAGGCACUUUGGUGCAGGCCUUUUCUGUUUUACAAGCUCUCUACAGAUGCCAGGAGCAGUGGAGAAGCAAAGAUGAUACAAGUAUACCUCUUUUUGGCACCAUUUUGCGGGUGAUUCAGUACCAGAAUGAGCACAAAGAUGAAUCUUCUGGUAAAGAUGAGCAGCUUCAGACUUUGGAAGAGAUCACAACUGAAUUUCUCUCUGACAUCUGCUCUCGGACUACAAAGGACACAGUAGCAGCCUUGGUAAAGGAAGGUUACCUGACAGAGAAGAGUUGUCUAACAGCUUUUGGCUGUUUACUUCCCAGCUGCACGACUUCAUUUGAACACCUGCUGCUAAUGUUGUCAGAAACCAAUCCACAAUUGGCUGACGAGGUGAAGAAAUGGUUUCCUGUCUGAUGGCUGCCGCAGGUCAGUGUUCCACUCUCCCUCAAAGGGUCAGAAGUUUCUUUACCUUCCAGACUAUGUUAAUAAGAUUUGGCUUUCCAUUGGAGAAAUCCAUUCAUUCAGAAUGUCAUUGUCAGCAAACAGACUAUAUUGUUUUGAGUUUUCCUUUUUGUUGGUUAGUUUUGUAUUUUUUUUUAUUCUUUUUGAUUAAAGCUGAUGUCUUUUGCAUGAA